UUCCGUGUGGGAACGUCACGUGACCAAAACAGUCGCCUCUCAGUCGCAGAAGGAAGUGGCCAAGAGGUUAACCUAAAAGCAAAUGAGCUCUCGUUGUCACAAUACGUCCUUACCAGCAUUUCUGUUAAAGGUAUGCCACAGAAAGACCCCUGUCAAAAGCAAGCAUGCGCAAUUCAGAAGUGUUUACAAGCUAACAAGUACAACGACAGCAUGUGUGAGGAUGUGAUCAGGGACAUGCGGCGGUGCUGUGAGGCGCAGGCUGGAAACUCCAUCUGCUGCUCCGGGUUCAAGGACUCAAAACCAGCGGAGAAUAAAAGUAACACAUGACUCCCCGUGGGAUGCUUUUGAUGGGAAUAAUGGCAGAAAUAUUUUACUGUUUAAUACUGUAUUGCAACAGUGCAGUGUUCUGAGAUGUUGAAUAUGAACCUGUAUGCCAUAAACUGGACUUUAAAAUAUCAAUAUUUAAACCUGAAUAAGGCUUUCUUAAAGCAGACAUUAUGACAUGUCGUAGCUGAAAGGCCUGGGAGCUGGCACACAAACACAGUACGUGGAGUGUAACCUUAAUUGAUGUUUUUAAAUAGCCUGCAUCUGUGUUUGACAAGUGAAAAUGUCACAUCACUCUAGCACAGUCUCAACAUAAGCAUUGCAGUUUAAUCUUUCAAAUGUGGUAUUUAUUAAAGUAAAGUUCAACUGGA